GGUACAAAGAGAUACGUCUCUGGGUGUCUGACUAGCUGUUGCACUACAAGAUCAUCUUGCCUUUGGAGUAAGUGUGUAUAUAUACUGAUGACUUGAAAGUUGGCCUGAUCUCCUUGGAUUGUUAUCAGAACAUAAACAGUGGCUAACUUGUGUCCACUAACUGAACCCCCAUAAAGAACCGAGCUAUGAAUGAACGGCAGAGCGGAAAGACAUGGCGAGUUGAGGUCUCUACAUUCGACCAAUAAGCCCUGCCGAUUUGUUUUAGGUUCACUGAACACAGAGACGAGACGUUUAAGUGAAUGAUAAUAUCCAGGUCAAGAGAUCAGUGGUCAGCAAUUUGGCAUGGCAGUUUUCAGGGCCUAUCAUCCAUACUAGUAAACCCUGAGGCUGGGGCGGCCUUGUCUGCCGGCUAGUCACUUAGCACGACUAGCUCGGGCUACCAACAGUGUGGCGCCAUUUAAAGUAAGUGAUAUGAUAGAUACCGACAGUAUAGAGAAACCAGGAUGUAGGGUCGGACCAGUUGUCCCCCUAACUACUCCUAUCGUCAGCUCUCCCCAGAAUAUAUCCACCAGCUCUCAGAGGGCGCCACUACAACAGACCUCCUCUUUUCCUCUACAGAUUUUGAACUUUAAUGAGUUGGCACUAACCAGUGGUCAAGGUAUGGAACGAUCAUAUUCUAGAUCUAUGUCUUCGCUUCCACCGGAGCCCUUCAUGAUCAUGCGUAGUAAGGCCUUGAAUCGAAGGGUUACCAUCAACGUAGGAGGGGUCAAGCAUGAGGUAUUGUGGCGUACGCUAGAACGAUUACCCCAUACUCGUCUGGGUCGCCUGAGAGAAUGUAAUACUCAUGAAGCUAUAAUGAAGCUGUGCGAUGACUACAGUUUGGUAGAAAACGAAUACUUCUUUGACCGGCACCCGCGGUCUUUUAGUGCAGUAUUAAACUUUUACCGUACUGGAAAGCUCCACCUCGUGGAAGAAAUGUGUGUUCUGGCUUUCAGUGACGACUUAGAGUACUGGGGUAUCGACGAGCUUUAUCUAGAAUCUUGUUGCCAACACAAAUACCAUCAACGCAAGGAACACGUGCACGAAGAAAUGCGCAAGGAAGCCGAGUCGCUCAGGAAGGGUGAAGAGGAGGACUUUGGAGACGGGCGUUGUGCACAUUAUCAAAAGUUUCUAUGGGAUCUCCUGGAAAAACCAACAACGUCCUUGCCCGCGAGAGUGGUCGCUGUGCUCUCCAUCUUGUUCAUAGUAUUAUCAACAAUAGCACUCACGCUCAACACACUGCCUCAGCUGCAGGUAGAAGACAAGGACGGUCAGAUGGGUGACAACCCUAAACUAAAUAUGGUGGAAGCUGUCUGCAUAACAUGGUUUACCCUGGAAUAUCUUCUACGAUUUAUGUCAGCUCCUAAUAAGUGGAAGUUUUUCAAAGGGGCCUUGAACAUAAUAGAUUUGCUAGCUAUUCUUCCUUAUUUUAUCUCUUUGUUUCUCAUUGAAUCCAAUAAACACACUGAUCAGUUCCAAGAUGUCAGGCGGAUUGUACAGAUUUUUCGAAUAAUGAGGAUUCUUCGGAUCCUCAAGUUAGCUCGACAUAGCACAGGUCUCCAGAGCUUGGGCUUCACGCUUAGGAACAGUUACAAGGAACUGGGUUUACUUAUGCUCUUCUUAGCCAUCGGCAUCAUGAUGUUUUCUAGUUUGGCUUACUUCGCCGAGAAGGAUGAACCAGGUACAAAGUACACUAGCAUACCAGAGACCUUUUGGUGGGCCAGUAUUACCAUGACAACCGUUGGGUACGGAGAUAUCUACCCUACUACCCUCUUUGGAAAGAUCAUUGGCAGCGCAUGCUGCAUCUGCGGCGUGUUGGUCAUCGCACUGCCCAUUCCGAUCAUUGUGAACAACUUUGCUGAGUUUUACAAAAAUCAAAUGCGUCGAGAGAAGGCUCUGAAGAGAAGAGAAGCACUGGAAAAAGCGAAAAGAGAAGGUAGUAUUGUCUCCUUCCAUCACAUCAACCUGAGAGAUGCUUUUGCAAAGUCAAUGGAUCUAAUUGAUGUCCUAGUGGAGAGUGGGCACAAUACUAGUCAGCAAUUAGAUGCCACAAGUCUAGGUGGGGAGUCUGCCAGAAUUAACACUGGUGCAGGCUGUUACAAAAACUUCGACCAUAAUAUGGAUCUCAGGAAAGAUUCACAGAUAGUUUCAUUACCACCAGAUACUGUUCCGCUGUGCACUAACGCAUUGCUUGACUUCGCCGCCACAAGAGGGACAGAUAGUCAACUUGUUUUGAAUCCAUUGAGUACAGGAGCGAAUUACGCGGAAUAUACUUCUCCAGAGAUCAAGGACUUUAUUGAUCAUGAUGUUCCUCUCCCUGGAGACCUUCAGUCCAACAUCGAAAUGAAACCUAUCAGUAAGUGGGAUGUAGGGAGCAUUGAAAGCUCCGAUACCUAUGCAAGCUGCAAUACACAUCCGUUUUCCUCCCAAGGCGAUCUGACAGCUGAGGACAUCAGGUCAGGACGAAGUAACUUGUAUAUUAAUCCUCUGGAGGAGCACAAACCAGCAGCUGGCAGCUCUUCCUGCAACAGUGCUACAAAUGAGGAAACGGAAGGGAAAGUACUAACUGGAGAAAUUCCUGAAGGACAUGCCAAAAUCACGGCCAUAUCGUCUUCUCCAGCUCGGAAACCUAGAUUUCUAGAAGCUAUCAAACCACGCACACGUUUUGAUGACACAGAUCCAUCACAACGCUACCUAGUGCCAACCACAGAAACUAUAACUAUGCCUACAAGCAAGCCGAAAUUGGGAAUGAAAGGACCCUUUACAGGAGGCACCAAAGCCACCAGUAAAAACAUCUUCUUAGGAGAGCCGGAGGGCACAGCGACAGCACGGAGGGGGCACCCUAGUCCAGAUAAUGGCAAGAAAAAAUCUAUUUUGAAGAAAACAGAUAGUAGUCAGAGAGAAGAGAUGGAACAACUAAUUCCAGAAACUUACCCAAGGCUCUCGUGUGGAAACUCGGAAGAAGUAAAUCUGGCAUGUACUACAGGCCAAGGAACAGAGACCGUUGUUAUUCCUUUGAACAGGAUCCCUUCAAUACAGGCAAACGUAGACUUUUCUAGGGAUGUUCAGCCAUUAAUUGAAAAAAGUGAACAGUUUUGUCUACCAAAUAAUAAUCUAGGAAAACAACCACUUAAAGCUAUUGGGCCUAAAAAGGGUACAAAGCCACAUGCUCAGCCGAUCAAGUUCCUUGGCGUAGUGGAUGAAAAGUGUCACGGCCUGAGUAAAGCAGCAGUGCACCCACGGGAUGGUGCAGUACUUCAGGUAGGUAUUAUCCCAUCGACCCCAGUAGAACGUUCUACUGCACAUGUGGAUGGUGCUACCAACCAGCGGCCCAUACAACGAGCUGAAUCAACGUCUUCCUGGAUGAUACACUCUGGUAUAGAUAGAAGUGGCGUUACUGCACCACACCAUAUCAGGUCUAUGACUCGCUGUAGUAACCCAUUGUGUAUAUAUUCCAAUAACUUUGGGGCGUUGCCUCAGCAACAGACCAAUGUAUGUAUUUGUGGUUAUCAAGUGGUGCCAAUCACUAACAAUCGGAAACAAGAAACCUCGAAUGAAUCCGAUGGCGGAGAAAAUCUAGUUAAAACAGACUCACACAAUGAUCUAUUAGAUAUUACAUCAGAUGAUACAAAACUUAUCAAUACAGAAAACACUGGAGAACGCAGCACCCUUUCGCGACAGUCAUCCAAAGAAACGGAAGCCACGUCUUAAGGUAUUUAAUAUGACAAAUCUUUUGUGAAGAUUUUAUAUAUAAUCACGUGCCUCCUAUAUUUGCUGGUAUGGAACAGAUUGUGUAUUUUUUACCUAAUUCAAGGCCAGUACCUGCUACUGUUGUACAGGGAGUUUAAUACUCAGAAGAGAUAUCUUAUAAUUAACUUGAAACGUUAGGGUUGUUGCACCUCAUAUUCAGUUGCAGUAACCCAAUUAUGAAGAAAAAACAACCUAUAAAUGUAGUUUCUGAAUCUCAAAGAAUGUAUUGCUCAGGAGAACUUAUUUAAAGUUGCAAUCAUAUCGAUUGGAAAAAAAAAGUAUAUCAGAUUGUGUUGUAUAAUAAUUUCUGAAUUGUAAAAUUUUGACUAAACCUCAUGUAGUAAAACUUGGCUUAACAUAUGCUA